CGAACCCCGGAAGAAAGAAUGACGAAUAUGAGCAAUCAGUUCACAGCGUCUGACAAAUCCGCUCCUGUUCAGACCCUGGCGGACUCAUCUUCCUCCGCGCUCUGUUUCUGUCUCGCCUAACUAAAACAUUGGAGUGACUUUUAGAAAAAUGAAUGUAUUUCACCGGCAAAGACUCCGUAAAAACACGGUUGUCUUGGUGCUCGUGUUGAGCGCCGCUCGCUGCUGUCAAGCGUUCAACUUGGAUGUGAGGUCUCCAGUCGUCAAAGAGGGAAAAACAGCUGGCAGUUUGUUUGGACUUUCUGUUGCACUACACGAGCAGGUCGUAGGAGAGAAAAGACACCUACUUCUUGUAGGAGCACCGAAGGAGAAAGCAGAGUCGGGAGUGUCAGCCAAUGAGACUGGAGAUGUAUAUGCCUGUCCAAUCACUGCAGACCGCAAAGACUGCAAAAGACUGAACCUUCUCAGCUCAAAUUCUGAAGACAUACCAAACCCUAAAAAUGAUGUGAUGGAUGGCAUGUGGCUAGGUGUGUCGUUAGCCAGUCAGAGUCAACCAGGGGGCCGUGUACUGGCCUGUGGCCAUCGUUAUAUACGAAACUUUGCAAGCAACUUUCGGAUGAUUGGGAAGUGCUAUGUUCGUGGAAAUGAUUUACAGUAUAACACAGCAGACUCUCAAUGGCAGUCAUACAAUGAGGUGUGUGACCCCAGAGAUGAACAGACUAGUGAAGGCAUGUGUCUUGCUGGAAUGUCUGCUGCCUUCACUCAGACGGAGAUCUUCCUGGGUGCACCUGGAUGCUUCAACUGGCAAGGAAACACAUUUUCACUGUGGUAUAACCCUGAAGAUAAGUUUGAUGACAUGAAGAGCAAGCUUCCAAACUUGAAAAGAGGGAAUAUUUACAUUGUCAAGAAGCUCACUGGGCCAAAGGACUCAGCUUUUGGCAUGGCUGUUGUUGCUAUUGGUGAUGUUAACCAGGAUGGCUUUCAAGAUUUUGCUGUUGGUGCUCCGUAUCAUAGUACAGGCAGAGUAUCGAUAUGGAUGGGCAGCAAAACGGGUAUUUCCCAAACGCCUAGUCAGGUCAUUGAUGGAAAAGACAUCCCAGGUGGUGGAUUCCAGACGUUUGGCUAUUCCAUCAGUGGUGGCAUGGAUGUGGACAGGAACAGUUACCCAGACAUAGCAGUUGGAUCAUUAGAUGAUCGCGUGGUCUUGCUAAGAGCACGUCCUGUGAUUCACCUAAAGAAUUCUUUCACUGUGACACCGGAGGUUAUCAGCCUAGAAGACUGUGAUGCCUGUAUUGAAGCAAAAGUCUGUUUGUCCUACACAUUCAGCACUGGCAGUGCCAGUUCCCAGAAGAGUAUUAGUUUUCAAUAUACGGUGGACGCCGAUCAGCAAUCGUCUCGGAGCCCUCGUGUUCGUUUCCUUGACAACAAAGAUGGCAAAUACACUGGCAAAAUGUCUAUUAAUCCGUCUGGAGAUUGUCGUUCUCUGAAACUCGAGCUAGUGUCCAAGACGAUCCAAGACAAGGUUGCUCCGAUAGUUUUCUUGCUGAGGGUGUCUUUGGUGGAGACUCCUUCCUCGGGCGGGCAGACAUUGGAAGACCUCAGUGCCUUUCCUGUGAUCAGCCAAAAAAACGCUCUGACUAACAAAGCUGAGAUUCACAUUCAGAAAGCCUGUGGAUUAGAUAACAAAUGUGAGAGCAACCUUCAGAUGACGGCUGCAUUCACAGAUGAGCAGAACACGCCGUUCCCCACGCGGAAUGGCCAGCAGAUUUUCCACUACACUACUGGCGUAAAGAAGCUGAAGUUGAUGGUGAAUGUGUCCAAUGUUCCAUCACAGGACAAGAAAGCAGAAGAUGCUUACAGUGCUUCUCUAAAUGUCACCAUUCCCACCUCGCUCAGCUUCUCCAGCCUAAACCCCAAGAACUUGAAUGUCGAGUUGUCUCCUGGGGUGCCUUAUCUUCUGUGUACACUGGGGGACCCCUUCAAAAGCAAUCAGAGGGUGGAGAUUGAGAUCACCUUUGAAACGACAGGAAUCACAAUAGACAUGCAGGAGAUUCAGACUGAACUGCAGCUCUCAACGUGGAGUGAUCAGAAUGAUCUACAGCCGCUGUUGAGAGUGCUGAUGGUGGAAUACGUCCUACAGCCCUUCUUUAAUAUCCCUUUAUCCCAGUUUAGGACAGAAUUCAGUGGAAAAGUAAUAGGAGAAUCAGCCAUGAAAAGUACCAGUGACAUUGGAAGCCCAGUGGAAUUCAACUUGACGGUGGCUCUUUCUGGAAAACCUCUGGGAAAUCUGGGGUAUCUGGAAGUGGUCUUUCAGUGGCCUUCUUCUGUGGCUAAUCAGAAGUGGCUGCUUUAUCUGUCAGAGAUUCAGAUGACAGGAACCUCCAAGCCAUUCUGUGUCCCUGAAAAUAACGUCAUAAACCCCCUUAAUCUCACUGUGUCAGAGCGCAAGACAGGAAGGAGGAAAAGAGAUGAGGCCUCCUCGGAGUCUGAACAGACUGAACCGCAGGCCUUCCCGAACCCACGGGCCGUCCAGAGGAAACUGUCUGCCAACCUGAGCUGUGGCACUGGUAGUGCCCUCUGUCAGACAUUCACCUGCCCCUUGCUUGGCAUGGACACCUCGGCCAAUCUCACUGUCAGAGCACGAGUAUGGAACAGCACAAUGCUUGAGGACUACAAUGCUGCAAGAGUACUUGUGUAUGGUAGAGCCACACUGAGUCUAAAAACAGACAAACCAAGCAUCAAGAUGAGCAAUUACACCCGUGAGUUUACAGUAGCUAUAGACCCUGCAGAGGCAGAGGAGCUUCAGUAUGAAGUGCCUCUGUGGAUAAUCAUUGUGUCCGCGUUGGCAGGAGUUAUUCUGCUGAGUCUGAUUGUCAUUUUACUGUGGAAGUGCGGUUUCUUCAAGAGGGCCAACACCAGAGAGCUUUAUGAGGCCAAGGCCCUGAAAGCAGAAAUGAAAACACAGCCAUCUGAAAAUGACCGCCUUACAGAGGAGGACUGAGAUUCGCUGGCCAUUGUGGGCCUCUGACACAAAUAGUGAAUUCAGUGGCUUUUUUAAGCGGGCUGCCUACUUUCGAACUAUGCCAAAAUACCAAGGCGUGAAGAUUUGUAAGAAGGAACAG